GAAGUGGGUAUAAAAGCCUCAGGCUUGCAGCAAUCCGCACUGAGGCCCGUGGUUCUUGCCGGGAUGGCUGCCCUCCGUCUCCUGCUCCUCUGCCUGGCGGGACUGGUGUUCGUGGCGGAGGCCGGGCCUGUGGGCGAGUCCAAGUGUCCCCUGAUGGUCAAGGUCCUGGAUGCCGUCCGAGGCAGCCCUGCUGUCAACGUAGCCGUGAAGGUGUUCAAGAAGGCUGCUGAUGGGGCCUGGGAGCCCUUCGCCGAGGGGAAAACCAGUGAAUUUGGAGAGCUCCAUGGGCUCACAACUCCUGAGAAGUUUGUGGAAGGGAUAUACAAAGUGGAAUUAGACACCAAAGCCUACUGGAAGGAGCUAGGCAUCUCCCCGUUCCAUGAAUAUGCAGAGGUGGUGUUCACGGCCAACGACUCGGGCCCGCGGCGCUACACGAUCGCGGCGCUGCUCAGCCCCUACUCCUACUCCACCACCGCCCUGGUGGGCACCCCGUAGGGUGAGGCGCCUCCCGUCCAUCCGUCCAGUCCGUCCGUCCGUCCCGUCCGUCCCGUCCGCCCGAAGGGGAGGAGCAGGACCGGCGCGCCCCGUUUUUACUGCAGCGGUGUUCUCACUUCACAAGCUAUGCUAGCAACCCAGGCAGAGACAAUAAACGUUCUUAUUAAAGCA